UCGACGAUGUGAUUGAAGACCUGACGUUUGGGAAGGUUGAGCGACGCUGGUGCCAAAGUGGAGCCCCGGAUUACAUAAACUCGAAGGCAAUUGGCCUUUGGACUCCCUGGCGCUCACGGCAACCCCCGCCGCCAAUGACAGAGCUUCAUGCACGCACCCUUGUCCCCCUAGAACUUUGGAACCUCGAAAGCUCUCCGUCUUUGGAUGAACUUUGCUCGGAAGACUACCUACUAGACAUCCAGAAGUGGCGGUCCAAUACCAAACGACGAAUGCGACAUGAUUGUCCGUGGCGUGUCGCGGUGCUCUACCAAGCUCAAGCUCCCAUUUGCUCGAACGAACAUUACACGCGCUCAACCGCAAUGUCGACAAUUCGCGACGCCUGCCGCCGGUACCCCAACGGCUUCGAGCUCCGGUAGCACAGCUGGCAUGCUUGCGCCUUUCGCAAACGAACUCGAUAGGAUCGCACCUUCUUUCAGCAUCAACGGCUCCCAGAUUCAAAUUAUCAGAACGCCGGCCGAUUUCUACGAGAUAUUAAAGGAGCGGAUACGGAAUGCAAAGACGAGGAUCUUCCUGUCAACGUUAUACAUCGGAAAGACAGAGAAAGAACUGAUUGCGACCCUACACGAAGCUCUGCGAAACAAUCCCGAGCUGAAGCUAAGCAUUCUGACGGACGCCCUGCGAGGUACACGAGAGGAGCCGAAUCCGUCAUGCGCAUCCCUUCUCGCACCACUCGUAUCGGAGUUUGGCCCAGACAGAGUGGAAAUCCGCAUGUACCACACACCAAACCUGACGGGGUUGAGGAAGAAGUACAUACCGAAGCGCAUCAACGAGGGCUGGGGCCUACAACACAUGAAGCUAUAUGGCGUCGAUGAUGAAAUUAUUCUCUCUGGGGCGAACCUCUCAUCAGACUACUUCACGAACCGACAAGAUCGUUAUCACCUCUUUUCCUCCAAAGAGGUCACCGACUACUUCUGGAACAUCCACCAGGGCGUAUCGUCUUUCAGCUUUCUUGUUGAGCCUUCGCAAGAACCUGCUGGCUUUGCCUUGACCUGGCCCAAGUCUAAUCCCGCGCCGUCUCCCCUAAAAGAGCCUAAGCAGUUCAUCGGCACAACGACCCCUGCCCUCAAUGCUCUGAUUUCGCCCACGCAAGCAGCCUCUGCGGACGUGAGCAAAGACACCAAGGUCUACAUGCUCUCCCAACUCACACAGCUAAUGAGCCCCAACACCUCUACAGAGCUUCCCGCCGUAACUCAUGUACUAUCAACACUCGGCAAGCCCGAGUACGCCGGCUCGUCGUGGACCUUCACCGCAGGUUAUUUCAACCCUGCGCCGUCACUGACCAAGCUGCUGCUUUCGACAGCAUCACAAAACAAUGUCGUUAUCACCGCCUCCCAGCAGGCCAAUGGUUUCUACCAAUCCCCAGGCGUGUCUGGACUCUUGCCAGGCGCCUACACCCUCCUCGCGCGCCGCUUCGUCCGCGCCGUCCACGACCGCAAGCUCGACGACUCAAUCGCUCUCAAGGAGUGGCGCAAGGGAAUAAUUGGCGAGCCCGGCGGCUGGACAUACCAUGCCAAGGGCCUCUGGAUCACGCUGCCGGGAGAACAAAAUCCAUCGAUCAGUAUUGUGGGAAGUUCCAACUAUACGAAACGCAGCUAUACCCACGAUCUUGAGGCUGGUGCCAUGAUCCUCACAAAGGACGAAGACCUCAAGAAGCGCCUCGGCGAGGAGCAGACGUGGCUGCAAGAUCACGCUGAGCGAGUCACCCGUGAGGACUUUUCCAAGAAUGAGAGGCGGGUUGGCGUCCAAGUGAGGAUAGCCAUGUGGAUCGCCCAGGCCGUGGGCGGUGCUUUGUAAACGUAUGGGCUCUUAUGGACGACGUGGAUAAUAAAGAUACCCGUGACUUUGGUUGUCAAUUAUCAUUUACUGUGUCAAAUUUUUUAUGUGAUUGCUGCAAAGGACACAUGCGCGCGGAAGAACAUAGAGAGCGACGAUACUGCCAGAGUCAAAUGAAACAGGAAGAAACAGAGCUGCUCUAAGUUAUGACGGGCCAAAAAUCUAUCAGUCGGUUGGAAUUGUAUCUCGUGUGAGCAAAAGUUUCCGAAACCGAGAAUCGAACUCGGGGCUAUGCCUAACCUCCCACAGAAUUGAGAGGGCAUCAUGUUGGCCACUACACCAUAUCGGAUG